GUAAGCAGAGGGCAUCGGUGCAGCAAUCAGUUCAAGCUCUGGACCGCGCGGGCAUUCCUGUUUACUACACCCCUGGGAACCAUGACAUCGGAGACAACCCCGAUGCCAAGACUCUUGCGCAGUACACGCGCACCAGCGGUGAUAAUCCUGGGUGGGGUCCACUCUUCCAGCGCGUGCUCGACAAGAAUGGAAUCUUGUACUUGCAGUUCAACUCGCAGGUCUAUUGGAGCACCGAUAGCUUUCUCGACAAGCACCGCGAGGAGCAGCUGGAGUUCCUGAAAUCUGAAGUAGGUCGAAUUCAGAGCGAUGUGAAGCGACUGGUGCUGCUGACCCACAUUCCUCCGUUCAUGGAUUCCAUCGACGAGAAGGAAGGCUGGGCCAACUGGAAGCAGGUGUACCGCAGGCAAAUCUUGGACCUGCUGGCAACGCCGAAGGUACCUAUGCUGUGGGUGUGCGGCCACUUCCAUGCCAACGUGGUGAAAGACCUGACAUACCAGGACGUGCCACUGAGCAUCCGCGUCUCAUCCGCCGCGGGGACCACUAUGCAGUGGGAUGGAAAAGACGAGCUGUCGCCACGAGAUGCACAGGAGGUUGCGUCCAAGGACAUUGCCAAUGCCUUUGCGCAGGACAUCGGAUUCUCAAACAUCCCAGAGCGACUCAAAGCAGAAGGCGACCGAUCCGGGCUCCGCAUCUUCCGAAUUGAUGAAGGUGAUGGAUCCUUUGAGGACCGAUGGUAUACCCUGGAUGAGCUGGAUGACGUCCAAACGACCUCUUAG